CCAGUGCGCCAACAACGACUCUCACUCUCUCAGGACAGGCAGCCCUCCUUUUUCCUGCCUGCUUUGCUUUUUGCCCUCCCUUCUCUUCCCUUCCCUUCCCUUGUUUAUUUCUCAACUGGGCACCGGCUUUGCUCUUGUUUGUACCAGCCAAAAGAAAGAGUGUGACCUCACAGGUUCGUGUUGAGUAGUCGUCCUGCUGGGUGGGUGGGUCUCCGUAGGAGUAGCCCAACCCAAAAAUGUUUUGAUUUUUGUGGAAUGCCCAAAAAUAUGUGUAGUGCUCGUUAAAUUCUCAUUCUUGUAGCUGUAUUCAAUUCACGUAUUCUGACAUUCUUUCCCCACCGUCGGCCAUCAAAGCGGCAAACCCACAUGAAGGUCAGGGCCAUCGUGAGGUAAGCAAACAUGGCGGAAGGUGAAGAGCGUCUCCUCUCACAGCUUGACAAAUCUCAAGGUCUCUUUGCAAAUGUUCCAUCCACAUAUAAAUAGAAUUGGAGAGAGAGAGAGAGAGAGAGAGAGAGAGAGAGAGAGAGUUCUCUUCUCCUUUCAUGUGGGAUUCCCUCAGAUGGGGAGCACGGCCUGCUGGCUUCCCACUGGACUUUGUUCUCUUCUUCUCUGAGAUGGCGAGCAUGAGCGCCACAAACAUGUCUAUAUGAGCCUCCUCGCCGUAUCAUCAGCUCCAGCUCCGCAAGAAACUGAGAGCGACAGGUUUCUCAACAAAGAAGAGAGAAGCAGCAGCUUACAUGCGGCACAAGUUGCUGUCAUGUUUGGUUGUUCGUUUAUUGUGCUAUCUAUGUCCGAUCGCUACGACACAUAGAGAUGUUUAAGCUUCAGAUUACUGACGUCUGACGAGGGCAAUGGCGAUCCUAAAUCCAAUGCGGUCCCUCUUUUUUUCUUGUUUAAGAAAACAAAUUCCUCUCGAUUUGCACAGACACGGACAGUGGAUUGUGUUUCCGGCAAAGUGCCAUCUUUCCUGCCACACUUUCAGUCAAUAUUUCCGUAGAUCUUACGAUUGAGACAUAUUCACUCAGUAGAGCGUAGAGUGUAGCCACUCUCCCUCACACGGCGGCAUGGAGAAGGAGAAGAAGAGGAGGAGCUGGUUCGAGCGCAUCAAGCGGCUCUUCACCUCCGAGCCCAAGCAGAAACCCAAGCCGGACAAGAAGGCGAGGAGCAAGAGGUGGGUACCGGGGAAGCUCAGGACCCAGCAGUCCUUCGCCCUGCCGCCGCCGCCGCCGGAGCCCGUGGCCGCGGACCAGAUCAGGCAGGCGGAGGAGGAGCAGAGCAAGCGCGCCAUGGCCGUCGCCCUCGCCAGCGCGGCUGCCGCCGAGGCGGCUGUCGCGGCCGCGCAAGCGGCCGCCGAGGUGGUCCGCCUCACCGGCCAGCCGGCGUCGAGGAAAGAACAGGCCGCGGUCGCGAUCCAGUCGGCUUACCGCGGAUACCUGGGUCGGAGGGCGCUGCGCGCGCUCAAGGGGCUGGUGCGGCUGCAGGCGCUGAUCCGCGGGCAGGCGGUGCGUCGGCAGACGGCGGCCACCCUGCGCGGGCUCGAGUCCCUCAUGAAGAUCCAGGCCCGGCACCGCUCCGGGGCCGCCGGCCACGGCCAGCCGCCGCUCGACGACGACGACGCCCUGCUGCUGAGGCGAGGGCGGGAGCUGUGCCUGUACGCCGCCGCGGUCCACGAGCAGGAGCAGAGCAAGGGGUGGGACAGCAGCAUCUUCUCGAAGGAAGAGAUGAGCGCCAUGAUGAGGAGCAGGGAGGAGGCCGCCUUGAAGCGCGUGCGCGCCCUGCAGUACGCCUCCAUCCAAAACGAGAAGAUCGGUAUCAGGAGGCAGCCCAUGUCGAAAGACGAGAUGGAGACGCUCAACCAGCGGUGGAGCUGGCUAGAGGAGUGGGUCGGCUCGCAGCCCUUCGACAAGGACAUCCCCGUGGCGCACCAGUCCCCCUACAGGGCCGCCGCCGCCGCCGCCAAGAAUCACCAGCCGGCGCCGGGUCGCGCCAGGGCCGUCGACCCGCUCGCCUGCCUCGGCGCGCAGCACCCCGGCAACGGCGACGACCGGCUCGGCUGCUCGGCCCGGCGGUCCUUCGUCCGGCCCAGGCGGACGCUGGCGAGGGGGGACUACUACUACGACGACGCCACCGCGUGCUCGCCGGCGUUCCCUGGGUACAUGGCGUCGACGGCGUCGGCGAAGGCCAAGUUCCGGUCCAUGAGCACGCCCAAGGAGCGCUCCUCCGGCGCUUCGGACGUGUACUCGGAGCACUGCUUCCCGUUCGCCGACCACAUGCUGUCGCCGAUCCCGUCCAUGUCGCCCAUCCCUUCCAUCGCCAGCGACAUCGGCUUUGCGAGGUCCACCAGGCCGCCCGUCGCGCAGCGGUCACCGAGGGUGGUGAAGGGCCCCAUGACGCCGGCGAGGUCGCGGUCCCGGAGGUCGCCGAGCCACCAUAGCUUCGGCUCCGAAGCGGCGCUGCACCAGCUACAGAUGGAGCACUGCACCCCAGUUCGGUAAAAAAAGAAGUGUUCGUAAUGCAGCAACCAAUCAACCAUGCAUCGAUCGGUGGUUCCUUUGUGACGAAAACAUUUUCAUGUUCAUGAUGCUCCCAUUCUUUUGUUUGUUCACCUUUCUUACCAGAAGUGUUCAAAUAUGAGUAAUUAUGCGAUGAAGAUGAACAACGCAAUAUGAAUCUGCAUACUUAUGUAACGAGUGCCAAGUGUGCAAAGAUGAUGGUGUAACACAAAU